AAGCUAUCUACUACGCAAUGCAAAAUUUGCGUUAACCAAAGUGUAUAUUCUGUACAGUAAUUUUUUUUUCUUUUGGUUAGUUGUUCGCGUUUGUUUUUUAUUUGGGUUUUCCCCUUUUAGUUUCAUAUUAUUAUUUUGAAAGAUACCAAAGUUGAUUAGAAGUAAAGCGCCUACAAGAAUGUUUUAUUCAGUACGUAACGUCGGUUGAGCCGUCAGUAUAAAAUGUAUUUGCGUAUACAUAUCUUCGUUUUUAUAUUUAUAUCUACAUACAUAUGCAACUAAAGGAUUACAACAACAGAUAGUCUAACAAUAUGUCAAAAUUGUUCAUGAGUAAGUUGAACUCCGACUAUUUUAGGAGUUAAAUAUAUAUGUUUAAUACAUAUUAUAUAAUCAAUAAUAAUCUGCAAUUAAAUAUGUUCUUAUUAAAUAUCAGCUUCAUUCAGUUUCAUGCAGCACCGGCCAUUGUCGCCGCUAACCUGUUGACGCCGUCGAGUUCAGUUAACAGCUUCGACUUUUGAUUAGUAAACAUUCUCGCGAGUGAUAUCGAAGUUUUUCUUAAAGAUAUAUAUUAUUGUUUAAUUUAAAAGAUUUUAAGUGUGGUAAAAUAAAAUAUAAAUUAAAAUAUAAAUAUAAAUAUAUAAAUAUUGUGUGAUUGCUUUAAUUUUAAUUACAAGUGUUAUUUGAAUUGUUAAGCAAACAUGAAAAGUGUUAGCAAAAGGCAUAUGAGGAGGCUUUUUAAAAAGGAAAGAAUUUUAUAUUCCAACAAACUACUGUUGUGUAAUGUAGCACAGUCGGAAGACUCAAACCCAUCUGUUGGAGUAUCGUGCACAAAUGAAGUUGAUAUUCAAAUGGAUGACAUUAUUAACAUUCCUGAUGAACAAUGCGUAGACAGAAAAUCAUUAAAUGAAAUAAAUAGAAGCAUUAGUGAAGAGAAUCGUGAAGCUUAUAUAAAUACAAUGAAGUCACUAUUGAAGGGGCGCCUACCGAAAACAUUAACUGAAAUAAUAUCAAUAAAUUUGUGCAUGGACAUAAAUUUGGAUGGAAUUCAUGGCAAAAGAAGAUUAAAAGACUUCGAGGUUUUCUUUCACACCUUGACAGAUGCCUGUCGAACACUUGGGUCUCAAGAUGUUGAAAAGGACAUACGAAACGCCUUAAAAAUAAUAAAAAAAUGUGCUAUUCAUGCGCAGUGCAUUAAAAAUAAGAAACAAUUAAAAAAUUAAUUGUAACAAAAAACAUUUAAUCGAAUAUUUUUUAUUUAAGUAAUUUGAGUAAUCUUUUUUUAAUGUUUUUGAAAAUCGUUCCUUUAAUUUUUCCAAAGAUUGUAUGCAUUUACCUUAUAACAAUAAUAUAAUUUUAUUUUUAUGUAUAGUGAAGUUUUUAUAAAAUUAUUUUUUUUAAAUUACAACAAAACAUAUUAAAAUUUUUUAUGUAUUUAUGUGUUUUUAAACAAUCAAAAAAUAAUAUAUUUGGCGUAUUCAAACGGUCUGCUAUUAGGUCAUAUUGUCAUAAUGUUCUAAUAUAUUAUUUUAGUUUAAAAAAGUUUUUGCUGUGUUUCAAACAAAAAAGUUCUAAACUAAUGAGACUUUUUGAACUAUGUCAUAAAAUAACAUUUAUUUUGUUUGCAGUACAUCAACAAUUUGUUUAAACUAAAAUAAUAUAUAGGACAUUAUGACAAUAUGACCUAAUAGCAGACCGUUUGAAUAUCCCAAUUGUUUGUAUGUAUAUUUAUGUAAAUAUGUGCAUAUAUGUAUCAUAGUGAUUUUUUAUAUAAUUCUUGAAAAGAGUCCAUUUAACUUUUUGCAAAGUUAUUUAUGUAUAUACCUAAAAAUAAUCAAAUAUUUAUUGUAUAUUUAUGUAAAUACAUAAGUAAUAGUGGUUUUUAAUAAAUUUUCAAAAAUUA